UUACUCCCCAGAGCUCGCAGAAACUGCCAGUUUGUCCCGGGCAAUUACUGAGAGAUGGAAUUUGAUAACUCUCAUGUCUCACAGUUUCACUGCCCCGCCGUGUAUCUACCAUCGACGAUUGUGGUCGGCGCUAGCGCACACCGUGCCAAGACAGCAAUCGCCUUGAACCUCCCGCCUCCAACACCCUCGCCGCCCUCAAUUGGACACAGCAUUCCGUGGGAAGUCUUGCGGCAAGGGAUGACCUGAACAGACACAUUUGUGGGCGUGGAGGCCGCGCUGAUAACUAUUUGCUCCUGCACCGUACCUCUCGUAAUUGCACUCACCUGCCCCGCUAACCACCAAUUGCAUUCCGUCCAUCCUCCCCAUUGGCAGACCCUCCACCCACGACACGGGGACCCGGCUCCACAGCAUCCAUACCGACCUUUCCACCCUGCAUGAGCUGACGGUUCCAAGCACGUCCGCCAGACAAUGCACCCUCACAGCGAGCUACCCUCGCUUCGAGCCACUGUCCGACUUGAAGGCAAAAAUAUCAUCAAUCAAACGCAGUGGUACGAUGUCAAGUUCUAUCCUUACACAGCGCCCGGCGUGGACCCCAUAUUCGCUGCCACAGGAGGACGCUUUACUAUCAUCUGUCGAUGCGUGCUCGAGAGCAACAACUCCGUCGAGGUUCUGCGGCUCUUUAAGGAUGAGCAGGUGGAGAACCCGGAUGGAGAGCCUUUCUGCUUCAAUAGUCUAGAGUGGUCGCAAGCCGAAAAUGGAGAUCCCCUUGUUUGCGUCAGCGGGAAUAUGUCCCAGAUCAAGGUUCUGAAUGUCAUAACAGGGGAACUGGUGACAACGCUCAUAGGCCAUGGUUCCCAUAUAAACGAUCUCGCAAUGUCACGUAUCAACCCCUCCAUUUUGGCCUCUGCCUCCAUUGAUCACAGUGUCCGGAUUUGGAGUCUCAACCCUGCCCACAAGAAGCAGCCAACCGCAGCAAUAUGCUUCGGACAAGGCCACAAGGACCAGGUGCUCACCCUUGCCUAUCAUCGCAAGGGCCGAUAUGUACUAUCAGGAGGGAUGGACACAAGAGUAAACUUGUGGAUGGUGCCAGAUAAUCUGGAAGAGCGUAUGGGGACCGACAAGCCCGCGAUGAUCCACUAUCCGCACUUCUCCACCACUGAGAUCCAUACCGACUUCGUAGAUUGUGUCCACUUUUUCGGAGACGUCAUCAUAUCCCACGCAGCGCGCGAAUACAUAAUUCUCAUGUGGCGCAUUGACGGCUUCAACUCAGACCGCGACCCCCCAGGCCCAGCACCAAUCCCUCCCUCCCAAGCCGUGAACAGCCACUCCAAAGUCUCUGUGCCCACGUCCUCCAUAUCCGGAACGCGCUCAGCCUGGGGCGGUCGCUUCCAGCGCCUCCUCCAGUUCGACCUCCCCGAUCACAAUCAGUUCUACAUCCGCUUCAACAUCUUCCACGCAAUCGGCGCCCACCCCAUUCUCGUCGCCGGAAACGAAAACAGCAAGCUUUUCUUCUGGGAUUUGCAGCGCCUCGAAGACGCGGGCAUCGGCGACGACCCCUCCGUCUCCGCCUCCUCUUCCGCCGUACAGUCAACGAGCUCAGGUCACAUAGGCGUAGCGACCACGAAGCUCGGGCGUGGCGGGAAGGCAGCGAAAGCAGCGAAAGCAGCGAACGCAGCGAAAAUAACAAAAAUUCCGAAAAUUCCGAACCGGGGCAUCGGCGACCCUUUUCGCUCCGUUGAACCGCACAAGGAGAUCACAAUUCAGGGGUAUACUUUCGUGUUCCGCCAGAUGGCUUGGAGUCCCGAUGGGCAGUGGUGCGUUGCAACGGGGGAUGUGAGUUUGAUCCACAUAUUGCAUCGGUGGGAAGAUGGGGUUCCGCCGCCGGAGGUGGGCGCUGGGGACGGGAGCGUGAUGGAGAGGGUUGUCAACCCGUCGCUGGAGACGGCAUAGAAUGAAUUUGGAGAUGAGAAGCGCGUAUGGCUGGGGAAUUGAAAUAUUGGUACUUUGAAUGCCCGAGCGGCACCGUGGCAGUUAUUUCUUGAAUGCGCUCUAUCAUCACGGUGGCCAAUCUGGGUGCUUCUGUGAAGGGCGUUGUAGGCCCCUAGCAUGAAAACUCGAACUAACUCUACGUCCGUAGAAGCUACGCUGACGCCGACGUCGACAUUACGCGCUCUUGUAGCCUUAUACUCUACUCUUCCUACAAUCAUGCCUCCUAUAUUCUGUUC